AUGCCUGAAACAUCAUCAGUUAUAACAACAGUUGAUAGUAUUCUUUAUAAAGAUAUUGUUAAACUUGUUUUAUUAUGUACAAUUAACGAAGAACCAUCAAUAUCUUCAUCAUCAACUGUAUAUUUAACGGAGUUAGCAUCAUUGGAUAUUAAAGAAUGGACUAAAAGUCGAGUUGAUCAAGCAUUAUUUGAACGUCUUCAAAUGUCUGAUCUAUCAGAUCAAUUGAUAACAACUAAUAGAAAUGAAAUUUCAAGUGAAAAUCGUUGUUUAUUUUAUUUAUCCGAAUGUUAUCAAAGACUAUUACGAGAACGAAAUUAUUUUCAAGUAAUAUUCGAUGAUAUUCAAAAGUUACUUAUCAAUCAUAGUACAACAGCAAUAUUAUUACCAGAUAUGUACAACGAUCAAAAUUUAUCUAAACAAUGGUUAGAAUUAUUAAUUGCAUCUCAUGAUAAUUCUUUAUUAUGUAAAUAUACUGAUCAUGUUAAUAAUGAAUUAUUAUUAUCAAGCAAGGAUGAAAUAAAAUUAUUUUAUAAAAAUGUCUUUCGUCAUAUGUAUAAAGCUAUUCAACCAUUGGAUUAUUUUUCUAAUGAAUUGAUUUCAUAUAUUGAUAUACUAAUUCAUUUAUCACAAUGGUCAGUACUUGUUCAAAUUAUCUUUGAAAUUUCUCAUCCAAAAACAAUAUCGAAUCGUUCUUCAAGAUCUUCUGAUAUGCAAUCAGCAGGCGGUCGAGCAUUUCAAGAUACAUUAAUUGGUAGUCUUCUAUCAAAAUCAACUUUACCAUCAAUACCAGGCAAACCUUUCGUAUAUUUUGAUAAACCUAAAUCAAUGAAUGAACGUGAUCUUGAAAUAACUACUAGAACAAUAUGUCAGCCAAUGAAAAUAUAUCAAGAUUAUUUAUCAAGAUUAUUUAAAGUUUUUGUUAAAAAUGCAGAUGUACGCAAUGAUGUUUUACAAUGGAUCGGAGAUUGUUUUUAUGAAAAUCAAGGAAAAAAUAAAGAAUGGUCAUCUCAUGAUCCAUUAAUACAAUAUGCAUUUGUUAGUGAUGGAUUUUUACUUAAUCUAAAUAUUGUUUUACUUAAUCUUGUAAAACCAUUUGCUGAACCAUAUUCAACAAAAUUGUUAAAAAUCAAUCCUUUGUAUAGUAUUUGCCAAAAUGAAACUGUUCAUUUAAAAGAAUUGUAUAAAGAAACACGAUUGAUUAAUUAUGAAGGGGAAAAUAAAGAUGAAAUAAUAUUUAAUUUUAUCACUCAAAGUUUUUAUAUGUCACAUCUUUGUUAUUCCUAUUCAGUACAUAGACUUCAUCGAAUAUUACUCAAAAUUAGUGAUGAAUUAUCAUGUAUACGAGAUGCUAUAAAAUCUCAUGGAAUUAAUCAUGAAAAUUCUAAACGAUUAGAAGAAUCAAUGCAAAAAGGUUUAACUGUUUUCUUCAACAUAAAAUGUGUAUUGAAUGAACCUUGUCUGUUGGAAUUAUCAAAUGCAUUAUUUACAGCAACAUGUACAUGGCUUGUUCAUCUCGCAGUAUGUCCUAAUCAAAAUAAGAAAUUAGAAGAACAAAUACAUGUCAUUAUUAAAUUGCCAUUAACUUCGGAGCCAAAUCAACAAUUAAGUUGUGUUCCAGAAUUUAUUAUAGAAAAUAUAAUUGGAUUUAUAAAAUCUAUUAAUCGAUAUAAUAAGCAAUAUUUUCAAUCAAUAGCACCAUCAAUUAAAGAAUAUGUCGAUCUUAUACUUGUAUUUAUGGGUGAUGCAAAUCGUUUACGUAAUCCUCAUCUACGUGCUUCAUUAGCUGAAGUACUUGAAGCUAUUUUACCGGACAAUGAUAGCCGAACAUUGAAUAAUUCGCUUGCUGAAACUAUUUUUAAAGAACAUCCAUUGAUCGAACAUUUGCCACGUGUACUUCUUGAUGUAUUUGUAUCGAUUGAAUUAACUGGACAAGCUGUAGCAUUUGAACAAAAAUUUAGUUACCGUCGUCCAAUGUAUGAAAUACUUGAAUAUAUGUGGAAAUUUGAUAAACAUCGAACACAAAUCCAAAAACUUGCAUCAUAUGCAGAACAACAUAUUGAAGAUGCUGAAGCUCCAUUAUUCUUACGUUUUAUCAAUUUAUUAAUGAAUGAUGCAAAUUUCUUAUUAGAUGAAGCAUUAACAUAUAUGGCACGAUUGAAACAAAAUCAAGAAGAAAAAGAACGUGAUGAAUGGAAUCAAAUGUCUGAAAGACAACGAGAAGAAUUUGAAAAUACAUUUCGACAUACUGGUCAAAUUGCUCGUUAUAUGAAUAUAAUGAGCAUUAAAACAUUAAUUAUUCUUAAUAUGAUAACACAAAAUAUACAAUCGAUAUUUUGUCAUCCAGCUAUUUGUGAACGACUUACUGCAAUGCUUAAUUAUUUUCUUCAACAUCUUGUUGGACCUAAACGACGUAAUUUAAAAGUUCGUGAUCUAAAUGAAUAUUUAUUUGAACCAUCAAAACUUGUAGCUAAAGUAACUGAUAUUUAUCUAAAUUUUGCUGAAUAUGAUCAAUUUUGUUCAGCUGUUUCAAAUGAUGGAAUGUCAUAUAAUGAACAACUUUUCCCACAAGCUAUUGAAGUACUCGAACGAAUUCGACAUUCACGCGAAAGAAUCGAUGCAUUUCUUAAACUUGGCGAACAUAUUAAAACAAUUGCCGAUCAACAUAAAGAAGAUGAUACUCUAUAUAGUGAUGCACCAGAAGAAUAUAUCGAUCAAAUUAGUUCUAUAUUAAUGAAUGAUCCUGUCAUGUUACCAAGUUCUCGAACAGUACUUGAUCGUUCAACUGUCAUUCGACUUCUACUUGAAAUUUUACCUCGUUCUUCAUCUUCACAAACACAACAAGCAAUGGCUUCUCGUAUUACUCUUUCACCAACCAUGAAGAAUUUUAUUCGUUGUGCUGGAUUAUCAGGUUCAUUGGCAAUAGGUUUAGGUGUCUAUGGAGCUCAUGCUAUGAAAGAUGAUACUCCUGAAGAACUUAGACGAUUAUUUCAAUUGGCUCAAACAUAUCAUUUACUUCAUUCUGUAGCUUUACUUGCUGUACCAUUAGUCUCACGACCCAUCAUUACAGGAUCAUUAUUUCUAGGUGGACUUUCAUUUUUUUGUGGUCCAAUGUAUUAUCGUGCUAUAACAAAUGAUCCACAAUUUCGUCAAAUCACACCAUAUGGUGGAGCUCUUCUUAUAGCUGGAUGGUUAUCGAUUGCAUUCCUUUAA